UUACAUUAAAGACGGCGCUGCAGCAACACAGACAAUGCUUCAUAAGUACGGAAUGGACAAUGGCAUUGUCGAGGACUGCGGCUUGGAACUGGAGGCAGUGCGUCAGGCAGCAACGGAGUUGGAGCAGCAUAUUAUCCCACCGCCUGCACCGAGGAGGGAGUCUGUUGUCAAUAUUGACACCACCCAACAAAAUGAGCCUGCCGAUCCAGAUGUGGUGGUGGGUGAUGAGAUGCCCCCUGGUCUGUCAGAGGUGCAGCCGCUUAUGGACAAGUGGGACAUCAGCGGUUGCACUCUCAUCACUGAUGGGACCCAAGAGAGAAAGUCGAGGGCUGUGUUGAACUUUGUAGCGGAUGGAGAGAGCGGGGUUGUGGUCAUCAAGGUGGUGGAUGUCUCUGAUGGGAAGAAAAACGUGAGAGCGUUGGCGAAGUUAUGGGAAGAGGUGAUAAGGGAGAUCGGUGCUCAUAGGGUCAAUGAAAUCUGCACUUACAAUGCAUCAAUGAUCAAGCGAGCCGCAAAACUCUUAUCCAUGAGGACCGACAAAGUCAUUGCGAAGAUUCCUUGGAUCCCGUGUGCUGCCCACACCCUGAGCUUGCUACUGAAAGACAUAUCCAACAUCCCAUGGAUCAAGACGGUGUGGAAGAAGGGAAAAAAUUUGGUGAAGUUCAUCAAGAAUCACCAAAGCAUGCUCGGGUUGCUGAGUCGGUGUUCCAUGGGAGACACGAAGGUGCUUGUCAUGCCAACGAAGGUGGACACCGUUCUCUCCAUCAUGAAACCCAUAUUCGACCUGCCGCGAAUGAUGGACAGUGAUGGGGUGACACCUUCACAGCUGUGGGGCUUCGACGACCUCCUCAACAAGCGGAUGCAGACCAUGGCAGGUGUGACCAGCGAGCAUCACCAUGAGAUAAUGAAGCUGGUCGUCGAUCGUUGCCAGAUGGUUGCUGAACAAGGACUCCCCGCUCGCGCACAACACAUUGAAGUUCUUCUUGACACAGUUGGGGGGAAAUCUUGGGGCGAUUUGGACUCUCACGAGGAAGUGUGGAACAACCUGUGGACAUUUCAUUGCCAACCACAGAAGGAGAAGAUGAAGGAUGAAGACUUGUGGAAUCGGUUCGCUGUUGCCGACACAUCUUUGGAGAGGAAGAUAGCAUCUCAAUGGUGGGGCUUGUACGGGUCAAAGCACAUCGAAUUGCAGAAAAUCGCAAUGCGGGUGACGACAAUGUGGAGCACGGCAAUGCCAUGCGAAAAGAAUUGGUUGUCCUUGGACUUGGUCCACUCCAAACGGCGGAACAACUUGUCUAGUGAAAGUGUAGCCAAGUUGGUCUACAUUCACUUGAACAUGCAGUUGUUGCGGGUUCCUAGAAGCACGACUGACGGGUUCAUUGACCUGUGGGCAACCUUCUUCGACGGGCCUGAGGCACCUCCGGUGGCGAACGAUGCAGCCAAGGAUCGCCGUAAAGACCUCCGGUGGCGAACGAUGCAGCCAAGGAUCGCCCACGAGGUCGGGAGGGGAAAUGGAAGACCGCUGUUGUUGAAGACGAGGAGGACGAGUGACAUGAUGAUGAUGAUGAUGACUCCGACUCGCAUUUUGAAAUUCGUCCAUGCACGGGCUGCAGCGGACUCUGACACAGACGGAGGACGAGUCGACUUGUUGGACGUGCCUAAAGCAACGUGUCACUUGGACAGUGGCGAUGACCUCAUCGUGGAGGACAGUGAGGCACGCGAUCGCAGGGUCAGAACGGAAGCACAAUCUAUGGCGGAUAGGGAUCGUGUAAUGGUGCAAAAGCGUAUGGCAGAGGAAAACUCGCGUCGACUAGCAAUCCCUGCACACAUGAGAACCGUGAAGGGGCAUGUGCAGCAACAGGCCGAGCAACGACCACAGCAGCUGGUGCAGCAACCGGUGGAGCAGAAUCCGCAGCGGGUGGUGCGGCAGCAGCAGGAGCAGCGCCCGCAGCAGAAGCAGCAUGAGGUGGAUCUAGGGCGGCAACAAGUGGAGCAGCAGUUGCAGCAGGACAUGGAGCAGGAGCAGCAGAAUAUGAAGCAGCAGCAACAACAGCACAAUGAAGAGCAGCAACAAUUGCAGAACGAAGAGCAGCACCAACAACCGAGCCAACAGCUGGGCCAGGAGCAGCACACGGGUCAGCAGCAGCGGCAAACAGAUCAACAACAACACAACGUCGAGCAGCAGCAACAACAGCAAACGGAUCAGCAGCAACAGGACGUGGAGCAGCAGCAACAGCAGCAAGCGGAGCACUACCAGCAGCAGCAACAACAGCCAAGAACAACAGCAACAGCCGCAGCAGUGACCACUACGACAGACACUGCACUGGAAACUGUUGCUGGCUCCAACUUUUACUGCCCCCCACCGAUGCCUCGCUUGGAUGAGGCCAUGGUCCAUGACAAUGUGGACAUCAGCAGGGCUGGGAGGAAGAGAAAGGUUCCAGUGGAACCUCUCGUUGCGAAGCACGGGCGAGGGCGCCCAAGGAAGGGAGAGCGGAAGUCUGCUGCUGCAGUACCUGUUCUGCCCCCCAUGGCCACAGAGGCCGGUAGGCCGAAACGCAAACAACGAAAGCAGGUGGUGGUCGAGGAUGACCCCACCGGGGCAGAGGACAGCAGUGACGGCCAAUGGGAGUCGGAUUGCGACUGGCUGUGACUCUCAUGCACAUGUCUCAUCUUCUUCUUCUUCUUCUUCUUCUUGUUCUUCUCCUUCUUCUUUCGUACAGACUCUACGGUGA